AAAAGAGCUGACGUAUCAUUUAUUAAGUGAGGCUGGAUGAACAGAAUAAAAAGAGUACGCCAGAUAGUUAGUAUGGAGCCCAGUGUGAGCUUCAAGUAUUGUAGAGCAGAUUUCUAGAUCAAAUUCUUGUGAACGGGUCUCUUUCUAUUGUGUGAAGCCUCAUUAAAGCAUUUUUUCACACUACCAUUUGUUCAUUCAUUCACAGUUUAGAAUGUAGCGAUUAGCAAACUAAAAAGAAGUGAAGUUAGGCCUUAGCGCUUCAUUCCUUAACGUGUGGACACGUAUGCUCCUAACAACGAGUGGUUCAUCCAAACCAUGAAUGCAGUGUUUUCAGUUGGAGGUGAUGUUUUGUAUCCUGAUAUCCCUAACAACUUUCUGAGGCUUUUGGCUGAAGGAUUUGAUGAUGGAAAAGAAGAUAAACAGCUGCGGACAUAUGCAGUGCGGUCUUAUUUAGCAUUACUUGAAGAGGAAAAUGUGUUCUAUCCGCAGAAGUUCCUUCAAGUCAUGAGUUGGGUUUUGGGGGAAUAUUCCAGCCUUGCUACAGAUGUUGAUCCAGAAAUUAUUUUGACAAGGCUGCACAACUUACUGAAGAAGACUUUUGUUACCUCCGAAACUAAAGCAUGGAUUAUGGCUGCAGUCACCAAGAUAGCAUCGCGUGCCUCUUUUUCUAAAACAGUUGACAAGUUAAUCCAGGAAUUCAGUAGCUCUCUAGAUACCUGCAUGAGACAACAUACUUUUGAAUUGAAGCAUUUGUGUGAAGACAAAGUAUUGAUGAAGGGCUUGCUUCCAUUUGAUGCUAGUUGUAAUGACAUGGUGGUAGAUGCUUCCUUAUCUUUUCUGGAUGAGUUUGUGGCUGAGGGACUUGGCCGGGGUGCAGCACCAUACAAGCCCCAUCACCAGAGACAAGAGGAAAAACUUUCUCAGGAAAAAGCUCUGAAUUUUGAACCUUAUGGAUUGUCCUUUGCUUCAAGUGUAUCCUCGGCUGGUAUGGCUGGUAGACAGUCCCCCACUGGCUUAUCAUUUGGUUCUGAUACGUCUGGUAACAGUGCUGAGAUGGGGCAUAAAGAGACAAAUACUCUGAAACUGGAGGGAGUAAGGAAGCUCUGGGGCAAAGAAGGCUAUCUUCCAAAAAAAGAAAGCAAAGUAGGGAGAGAAGAUGAGCCACAGACUGUGUCUUGUAGCAGCUUACUAGCAGGACGGGUGGCUGAAUGUCCCUUGUCACAGUCUGAUCAAGUUUCCAGCCUCUCUGAGGAAGAAAAAGAAAAGCAGCAGCUAGCAUCAACAUUGUUUGUUGGGCUGGGAUCAAACACUGGUGUCAGUCUGAUGGGGAAAGUGGAUUUAUCUACACAGAAGUUCAAAAGAAAAUCAAAGAUAGAUGAAGCCCAAAGUAAUGAGGAGGCAUUGGAUAUGCAAAAUAGAGCUGCAUCAGAUUUUGGUCCCUUACUUGAUACUGUACCUGUUACUAAAGAAGUCUGUGAUGGAGAUAAACACACAAUGUUAAGAAAACCUUCCCUUUGUUCUGCAGAUACUGUGGAAGAAACACUUCAGUCUGUAAAAAAGCAUGGCCUGGAUGACAAGCUUUCAGAUAGUAGACUGUCCCCAUUGUCUUUGUUUGCUGAUAGUAAUAUUGAAAUUCUUCAGCCUUCUCCAAGUUCUCAAUGUGAAAAUGCCAAUAAAACAGUGUUGCUCCCUUCCUUAGCAGAAGAACUGGAAGAAUUCCCUCACUCUGAAGUAGCAGAACUUUGUCAGAGUGAUGCCUUAGCUCUCUAUUUAUAUAAGGUGUGGAAAGAUGACUCUUUGCUGCUCGUUGUAUUUGUUUCAAAUAAAAACACUUCUGCACUUAAGGCUGUGAAUGUAGUGUUUGAAAAAGAAGAACAUUUUCAGAUUUUGGAGAGCCCUGCCUGUCAGUUUUCUGUGAUUGAAUCUCAGAGCAUGGAAUGUUGUCAGAGAGGUGUGUGGAUGGACAAAGUCUGUACACAGGGAGUUAUUUCUGGCUUUGUUAAUUACCAAUCAGAAAUUGAAACUCACCUUGAAUUUUCAAUACCUUUAUCAUUGCUGGAUUUCAUCAGGCCAAUGGAAAUGACUACAGAAGACUUUGGGAAGCUGUGGUUGUCUCUUUCCAAUGAUGUGAAACAGAAUAUUAAAAUGCCAUCUUCUCAGGAUUCCUUCUCAGCAGCUCUGAGUGUACUGCAUCAAAAGCUGAAACUCCACAUUGUUGAUAUUAUAGGUAAUGAGGGAAUACUGGCAUGCCAGCUGCUUCCAUCUGUGCCAUGUCUGCUGCACUGUCGUACUCACUCAGGGAUGCUGGCUUUGUGGUUCAGAUCACCUUGUUCUGCCCUUCCAGAUGGUUUGCUCUAUCAGUGUCAAAAGGUGAUGGAAGAAUCCUGAUAACUACAGUACCUGCCUUAAUCUAUUUGGGGUGUGAAAAGGAAGUGAAAGAUUUAUAGAGUUACACUGGUAAUUACCAAAGUGAAUUUAAAGUAUGCUUCUCAGAAGUAUUCACAACUUUCUUCCAACUGGCACUAGUCUUGGACUUGAGAGGGAAGGACGACUUAAAAUAUGCCUGCAAAAACAUGCUCAGGACUGUACAGUGACUACCAAAUAAUCCAUAAAGUACUGUUAUCUGUUCAAGUGAAAUGUAUAUUUCUUCUGUUGUAAAUGACUGAAAGUACUUAUUUUCAUUAUGCAGCUUUUGUAGGUGUCAGCAGUCAUUCUUCGUAGCGAUUACCUAAAUCUGAUUUUAAAGCAAACAGAUCUCUUUUAUGCACUCAAACUUGAACACUUGCCAGGUUCAUUUGAUGAUCUCAAAUUUUUCUAAAAUUGUUUUUUAAACACUGCUGGUGGCAACGAGACCCACAUUAGUGGUUGUAUAGAAUAACCUAUGUAGCAACAAGAUUUAUUAAGUAUUUUAAAAAUGAAAGUUUUUAACGAGUAUGCACCUGCCAUGAUCUUGGCUUAGCACUGAAGUAUGUAAGUGGUAACAUCUUAGUAGGAUCUUGGUAGGAGACAGGCAUGUGAAAUUGAAAGCAUCUUAUGGGAUGGGAUCUAAGACUCUUCAGGUUACUUCCUGUCUGCAGUUCUUUGUUCAUGUUUCAGUCCAGUUCCCUUCCCUUAGGGGUCAGCAGCACUCCCAGUGUUUGAGCCACGUCUGAGAUGUUUCAUGUGGAUCAAGUCUGAGAUCAUGGAGGUGCCUUUCAGACACCUUAUAUUUAAUCUGGCUAGAUUCUCUGUCUAAGAAAAUUCAUGUGAUGAAAGCUUCAUUUACAUUUUCUAAUUAUGAAUAGCUUGAAUAUGACAGAUGUGGCUGUACUGUGUGUGCAUGCCCAGGAGCUGCAGUAAGGCAUAUGAGCUCUGAGUUGGUCCAGUGUUUAUGAUGAAUGUGUUUGGAUUGUCUCUUCUUCCGGUAAUAACUUCACAGCCUUGAAAACCCAACAUUCUCAAUUUAGACAAUAUAUGAAAUCUUUAAUACUUUAAAAAUUAUAUAUAUUCCUGUGGUUUUAUUUAAGAACAUGAAAAUUGUCCAGAUGGUUCAGACGUAGUGUAAAUGAUGUCUAUGGUAGGAUUCUCUUUUUCAUGAAUGUUAAUAUGAAAUUGAAUAUUAACAAGGAAGUUUUAACUUUUAGUUCUGUUGAUUCUUACCCAAUAAGCACUGGUUGGAGAGGAAAAUAAAGCACUGUUUGCUGUGUUUUGGUAAAUGUUUGUGAAAUCACCAUAACAAUGUUAAUGUGCUAAUAGUUUUUUUUUAAGUCAUGUUGCUUGUAUUGUCACAAGCGAAGCUCCUUUCCUUUUCUAUUGCUGUUUCAGUACCUUGUUGAGCAAUUUAAGUGCACUGAACCUGUAAAUAUAUUUAAUGUUCUGCAUACUUUAAUGUUUACUUGUCACUUCAAGAAAGUUUAUAUAGAUGAACAUGGAUUGAUAGUGGGAUAAUCUCCAGCAAAUGAUUUUUCUGCUGGUAAAUCUGACUUCUGUUAUGCUGUUGGACUUUUCUAAUUAUGUGAAGUGUAAUGAAAGUAUGUUUUUGGCCUAUGCAUUUAAGCCAUUUCAGCAUUUCAGUUGUUUGCUCUAGUGUUUAAAAAAGAGAAAAAGCAAUGCCUUCUAUAACUCGUGUAAAUGCUCCCUGACCUUUUCCACUGUAUGAUAAUGUAUGGUAAGCUAUAAAUACGCAGUUCGAAGAGAAUUAUGCUUAUAUCACAUAAAGGGUUUUGCAGAAUUUG